CUGCCCCCACUGGCGCCAGUGCCACAGGCGGUGCUGGCAGGCUGCAGGUGGCGAGGCCGGUGGGAGGUGGGAGUGCUGCUAUGCCCAACCCUCAUGCUCGAGGAAGUCCGUAUUCUCAGGGCCACGGGGACUACUCGCAAGCAACCCAGGGGCAGGCAGCACAGGCAGCACAGGCGGCACAGGCGGCAGAGGCAUGGCAGCGGAGCACACCCCAGCCAGACAGUGCGUUCAUCACCUCCCUUGCGGGCGCCCCGGCUACCUCUGCUCCCUCCCUGCCCUCCGCCCCCUCGUUCACCUCCCCACCAACCUUCACCCACUGGACUCCCGACUCUCACUACUCAUCUGCCACGCCACCCACCACUGCCAUCCCCUCCGCCCAGUCAGCCCCGCCAGCCCCAGGAGCAGGCGGGUGGGGCCAACCUGCUGCUGCUGCAGCGCUGGCUUACCAGCCAGCACAGGCAGCAGCAGCAGCAGCGGCGGCGGCAGCAGCAGGUGCCUUCACAAACCCCAUGUUUGCCACUCCGCCUGCCCCCAAUGCAGCCACUGGUUCUGCCCCUGCAGCCUUUUCCUUCAUGCCAGGGGGUGCUACUGCUGCCAGUGCCAGCCCAGUCGUGGGGGCCGCGGGGGCUACAUCAGAGGCACACCCAUCGCAGGCGUCCCCACAUUCGGCGUACGGUGGAGGUGAUGGGGGUGUGGCGCCAAACGGAGGAAUGGUUGGAGGAGCAAGAAUAGGGCAGAAUAUUGCAGUGGCAGCAGCAAAUGGGCCUACUGCUUCACCAUCUGCAGGUAGCUUCUCAAGCUCUCAAGACCCAGGGCCUCGCGAGGUAGCGGAUGCGCACAAGGCUGCUCGAUACGCCGUGAGUGCGCUUGCGGGUAAUGACGUUCCAACCGCUGUUGAUUUUAUCAGAAAGGCGUUGGCUUUGCUGGAGCCCGGUCGUGGCUAUUAG